AUGGCUAAUGCUAAUACUAGAACAACAACAGGAGCAGCAGCAGCAGCAGCAUCAACUUCAAAGUUCAUCAAAUGUGUGACAGUUGGAGAUGGAGCUGUUGGGAAGACAUGCCUUCUCAUCUCUUACACCAGCAACACUUUCCCUACUGAUUACGUUCCUACUGUUUUUGACAACUUCAGUGCCAAUGUCUUGGUUGAUGGGCAAACUGUAAAUCUGGGUCUUUGGGAUACUGCUGGUCAAGAAGAUUACAACAGGCUGAGGCCACUGAGUUACAGAGGAGCUGAUGUUUUCCUUCUUGCCUUUUCCCUCAUUAGUAGGCCUAGCUAUGAGAACAUACCAAAGAAAUGGGUCCCUGAGCUGAGACAUUAUGCUCCAUCAGUGCCUAUAAUUCUGGUGGGGACCAAACUAGAUCUCAGAGAGGAUAGACAGUUCCUGAUGGAUUACCCUGGGGCAUGUACCAUCUCAACACAACAGGGUGAAGAUCUGAGAAAACGAAUAGGAGCUGUGGCAUAUAUAGAGUGCAGCUCGAAGAAACAGCAGAACGUGAAGACUGUUUUUGAUGCAGCUAUCAAGUUGGCUCUGCAUCCUCCAAAGUCCAAAAAGCAAAAGAGAAAUUUGAACAUCUGCAGAGUUCUUUAA